AUGAAUCAAACAACCAUCAAUUCUACAAUCCCAAUAACAUCAGAAUUUGAUUGUCAACCUGAACCGUAUCUACUAGUUGAAAGAAUGGUUCUUGGUGUGUUUUUUGGUGUCAUCAUAUCAGUUGUCUCAUUUUUCUUCAACUCAUUCCUAUUUAUUAUGUUUGCAUCAAAUAAACAACAUCGAAAAACACCUAAUCUUUUCAUGCUUUUAUUAUCAUUUUAUGAUAUUUUCAUCUCAAUCACAUAUAUUGCUUUGAUGUCUUUGAGAAUAAUCAUUCUUUGGACCUACAACUUCACACUCCAUACAUUAUGGUAAUUUUGUUCGGAAUUUGAUUUCCGUAUUGAAUUGUCUGUUUUUUUCAGGAGUUAUUACAUGGUUCCAAUGUUAACAAUAUCACAUGUUGGUAUUACUUCUUCAGUUUUUCUUAUUUGCUUUGCUUCAAUUGAGCGAUAUUGUAUCACUGUUAACAACUUCCUAGUUCCACAUCUUCACAAAUAUCGACCGGUGAGAAAUGGGAAUUUUUGAAUAGGAUAAACUGAAUUUGGAGAUUUAGAAAAUCCCAUAUAACUUGAAAAUUCAUUUUCAAAUUUCAGUUGAUCGCUUUAACUGCUGUCUUAUUUGGUGUUAUCAGCAAAGGUUCAUAUUUAUUCGAAAUCGAAGUGAAAAUCGACGAGGAUUGUCCAGGACAAUUGAAAUAUUUCUAUGUCUCAAUGUCUGAUUGGUUCAAAGCUCAUCCCGAAUUCAAUUCUUUGUUCCGUUUUUGGUUCAGAAAUAUUUUCACAAUUCUCGCACCUUUUUUCACUUUGCUAUUGGUCAAUUUUCUGCUUCUCAAUAAGUGAGUUCAUUUAAUUUUCUUCGUGGGUUUUUUUUUUGCAAAAAACCUAGUUUUUACAGACUUCGAGAACAACACAGAAAAUCAGCAAAAGUGUCGGAAGAAGAUGACAAACAAACUUUAAAGCAGAAAAAAGCUCGAAUUCGCGCUGCAACUCGAUCAAUUGUUAUUAUCGUUUGCACAUAUUUAUUUUCAAAUGCACUUUCUGUAGUUAUCACACUUUGGGAGAAUAUCAAUUAUGGAUCUCUUGUCUAUCACGAUCGAUUUUAUACACUUUCAGUAGAUCUUAUUUCUCUUCUAACUGUUUUGGCGUCAGCUUUACGACUUCCAAUUUAUGCACUUUGUCAACCUCUUUUGAGAACUGAAAUGAAAGCAACUCUUGGUGAGUUAUCCCUACUUUAUUUUUCAUUUCGAAGAUUUAUCUCAAUUUUUCAGGCAAACUAUGCAACUUUUCCGAAUCUCCUGAAAAGAAAAAAGCGCUUCUUGAUUCUCUACAGCUUCCAACCACUCAACUAAUAACUAAUCUUGACGGCGAUUCGCCCAGUAUUUCCAGCAAAGUUGAAUUUGUUUAA